AUGGAAAUCAGUCUGACAGAUGGCCGCUCGAGGACAUUCUCUGCGCGAAAAGAAAUCAUCAUCUCCGGCGGCGCAUACUGCAGCCCAGCCAUUCUGCUUCGCUCGGGAAUUGGUCCCAGAGAGGAGGUGGACCGGCACGGAAUUCCAUGCAUGGUGGAUUCUCCAGGCGUGGACAAGAACCUGAUGGACCAUCUGACACGCACGUCUACCACGACGACCAACGCCACCUACAAGCAAUGGCAAGACUACAAAAAUGGCUUUCUAUCAACCUUCCCCUUCGGCUCCUUCGCCUUCGCCCGCCUCGACGAGCACCUCAAAAAUGAACCCCUCUGGCAGAACGCCCCUCGCCAAUCCGACCGCGACCCAAUGGGCCUAACACCCAAGCAACCGAACAUCGAAUUUUUCACGACUGAGUGCUACAGUGGCCCAAAACAGUACAACCAGUUCCCAACCAACCACCAGCACGCAUUCUCGAUGAUUGCGGAGCUCUUUGCGCCGAAGUCGCGGGGCUCUGUCACGCUGCACUCUGCAGAUCCGCUGGAUAACCCGGUUGUCGACUGCAACUACAUGGCGGAUCCGCUGGAUCUGCUUGUGCUGAAUGAGGUGUGCCGGUUUGGGAAUGAAGUUGUCAUGCCUGUGUUGCAUGGAGGGCACACGCAGAUGCCGGCGUAUGGCAUUGGCGAGAAGUGCACAUCCUGA